AUGGCAUCCCGCACCCCCUUCCAGCCCUUCUCCCUCGGCCCGAACAGAAAGCGAACAGGUCGCGACUCGGACGACAUCGUGGACGUCGAGUCCCUACCCAGCAUCGCGCCGAAGAAGAAGACAAAGCUUGACGAGACGAGUGACGAGAUGACAAUGCAGCGUCUGAGCACGAAGAUGGACGCUCUUUGUCUCGCCGACGCACAUCAGGAGGUCUUCGAUACUUAUGAGCUACUUGAGCAAAUUCUCCUGCAGCUGCCGAUCAAGGACCUUUUCGUGCUGCAGCGCGUUUCUGCUAAGUGGCGGAAGGUCAUUGCCGAGUCGCAUCCGUUGCAGAGGAGGAUGUAUUUGAGAGCGCAGGGUGGUGUGAUGAAGCCGAUUCUGAACGAAGACGAGGAAACGAUAUACCGAGGACGCGUCAAGAUCAACCCGGCGAUGGAGUUCUUUGCAGGGCACCGGUAUCGCGGCUACCCCGAUAUCCCUCCGGCCGUUAGUCACAGCAGGUCGUUCGGCCAGGUAGGGAUUUCGCACUACGAAGACGAUGACUACACCCCACCGAUUCUGAGCACGAGCGUGUGGUUCCAAAUACUCCAGCACGCCCCUCAUAGGAAUAGUUUGCCGGUGGCCCUCGGCUCCUACCGCGAAGAGGCAAGUUGGAAGCGGAUGCUUGUCAGCAGUCCUCCUGUGCCUGCUAUUCGUGUGUCUGCUUAUCUUAAGGGCGGCGAUGUCUGUGCCGUUUACAGCGCUCCCGGUGAGAGGUGGCGCGACUUGGUUCGAAAUGUCAUGGUCUACAACGCCGAGGGGGUCAGGUUCGGGGACUUGGUCAACCUGCGACGCACAAUGAAACAGAAUUCACGCAAGGCUGGUUUCGACGAGGCAAGGCUGAACUUCACGACAGCCUUGUCGCUCGAGGGCGCAGAGAUGAUGGGUAUCGACGACGCUUGCGACGGGAAAGAAGAAGGAGACUGCGGGUGCCUAGAGAUGCUUGAGUCGAGCUGA